UACACGCCACAUAUACCGGUACAGUACAAGUCUCCUUCUAUGCUUAGCUUAAGAGUUGAGGAAGGGAACAGGACUGAACACACCUACCGUCCCUACCAACCCACAUCUUGCAUCACUUUUUGAAAGCUGGCUUCAGCCACUUUACACAAACCAACCGUUGGUAGUUUCCAAACCAGAAUUGUUUAAAAUAGGUUUAUAGUUCCAGUGAGCUCUGGGUUCAACAAUUUGUGAAUUUAUUUUCACCAUAUGUGAAGUGAAAGGCUGCAUAAAUAAAGCCACGUUUUUGCUGUGAGUCAACAGCUGAUUAAAGCAUUUAGACAUUUGACGUUUCGAAGAAAAAAAUGUCGACAAUGGAUUUUGGACUUUUCGGUCUGGAUGUAUUGGGUGGGUUUGAUAAAUCCAUGGACCCCUUGGACUCUGGGUUUCAGGACAUCCUCAACAUGUCGAUGGAAGAGAACGGGAUAGAGUUAGGGGAGUGUGUGAUUGAGCAAUCAGAUGAUUCAGAGAAUAACAAAGGGACAAGUUGGGAGGAUGAUACAGAUGAGUUCUUGCAGUCUAUGCUCACCGGAUCCGACCUCUCCCCGGAUUCUCAGUUCGGCCUCGGCUCCGAAACCAUCCUCUCUGAUUCGUCCUCUGACUCCGGAGUGUCGGAUGGACAGAGGAUGUUGAUGUCUCCAGGUCUGGAGGAUGGACCUCGUCUUAUCUCCCCUGGGUUGGAGUCUCCUCUUCCUAUGUCUCCGGCCCAUAGCUUGGAUAUCAUUGAUUAUAUUAGCAACGGUAGGUCUAACAACAUUUUAUUUGAAUCAAAGACUCCUCCCCCCUGGGCGGUGAAAAGAACCGUCGUUCUGAUUUCAAUCGACCCUUUAUAUAAAAAUAAUAAGGGCAUGCCCAUUGCUCAAUUCACAACGGUACCAUUAACAACUUAAUCUGGUCAGUA